AUGGACGACCAGGUGGAUUUCGACAUUAAUGAAUCGCUCAAGCUCUAUCUCAGUGACGCGACCACGAUCCCAACCCCCGAAGCAGCGUCGGAUCUGCUUGACUGCGAAAAUGACCCCGAGAGCCUCACACCAGCCCUGGUGGACAGUGUGCUGGAACCCGUGAUAGAUGUGAUUACAGAGAACCCCGAAGGGCUGUCGAGAAGUUCGGCAUUUGAUACCUUACAGUAUCUGUUAAAACAGUCUCCAGUCCUAUCGCCCCAGUCACUGAGCAAGAUCCUACACCUCACUGUGUCGGGCUUGUCGACCGCAGCGGAUGUCGCGAAUCAUGACAUCGAGAACGACGAGCAGGAGACCCUGCACCAGCACAAGCGCUUGCUGGAAAUGUACGGCUUCCUCCUCCAAUGGUCGAUAUCGGCCGUCGAGGCGAAAGCGCUGGAAAAGUCCACGACGGCUGCGACAAGAAGAGGCGGCAAGGGAGCAAAGUCAAAGUCGACUUCCAAAGACGAAAAAUGGGAUUCUUCCAAUCAGAUACAGGGCGCCAUGGACGUCAUGUGCCGGGUGAUGAAGCUGAAGUUGAAUCGCGUCUUUCAGACUACCUCCGAUCGCGAUACCUUCAUCAACCUGUUCACGAGGUCUGUGUACCUGAUCAUGGAAAGCGAGGCCAGGGUCAAAAUCACGGCAGUCCGGAUGUUCUGCUUCAAGGUUCUCUGUGUCGCGGUGAAGCAUCACGGUCAUGCAUUGGGGGCACAAACAUCCAUUGUCCAGAACCUUACCUAUUUCGAGCACCUUUCGGAACCCAUGGCCGAGUUCCUCCACAUCUUGUCAGAACAAUACGAUUACCCUCACCUAUCAGCCGAGAUUCUCAGAGAGCUGGCCGCAAAGGAGUUCAGUCAGAAUGACACCAAAGGUCCGAAGUCAGUGUCGGCAUUCAUCGUCAAACUUUCAGAGCUGGAGCCAAGACUGGUCAUCAAAGAGAUGGGUCUUCUGGCCAAGUUCCUGGACAGCGAGUCACACGUCCUGCGAUGUGCGGUUAUCGAAGUCUGCGGUAACCUGCUGGCGGACUUGAGCAAGCAAGAGGAGAAGAGCGAGACCACCAAGAUUCAGAUCAAUGCGUUCUUCGACACUCUCGAACAGCGUUUUCUCGACACCGCACCAUUCUGCAGAGUCCGGACGAUGCAGGUGCUGACCAAGAUAUGCGACUUGGAGCAGAAGUUUCCUAAGAGGAGACAAAAUGCCGCCGAACUUGCUAUGCAAAGCCUGCAAGACAAAAGCAGCAAUGUUCGGCGCAAUGCGAUCAAGUUGCUAAAGAAACUGGUGUCCUCUCAUCCCUUCAGCUUGAUGCAUGGUGGACAAUUGUCACAUAACGAUUGGACGGAAAGACUCGAAGUAGUCGAACGAGAGCUGGACGCUUUGAAACCGCCACCAGACUCGCCUGGGCUGGCACGAACAGCCGCCGGCGAAGAGCAGGUCGACCAAGAACUUCUUGACGACGCUACCCAAGCUGAAGUCGAGCCAAAGGAGAUUACUGAAGAAGAACAGAUCGCUGCGCUCAAGAAGGCCGAGCAGGAUGCUGUGACAUCUGAGGCCAUCGGCAAACUCCAGUUGACUCGGAAAUAUUACCUUGAAGCACUCAGAUUUAUCGACAUCAUCCAUGAAGCUUCAGAGAUUGCAGUUCAGCUAUUGUCAUCACCCAACAAAACGGAAGUAAUCGACGUGAUGGACUUCUUUGUCACUAUCGAUGCAUUCAAGGUCGAAACAGCUCGAAAAGGUAUCCGACGCAUGCUGCGAUUGAUUUGGACCAAAGGAAACAGUGACGAAGGGAAAGGAGUCCAAACUCAUCUUAUCGACAACUACAAGAAUCUCUUCUUUGAUGCUCCUGAGACUUUCACUGCCAACGAUGCCGCCAACUUCAUCGCAAGGAAUAUGAUCAGCCUGACGUUUGGGGCUACGCCUGCGGAAUUAACGUCGCUUGAACAACUGCUGAGCACAAUGUUCAAGGCGGGCCACAUCUCCGACAUGGUGGUUUCCAAGCUGUGGCAGGUAUAUGGCGUCAACAAGGAAAUCUCCAAGGCGCAGAGAAGAGGAGCGAUCAUUGUGCUGGGUAUGAUUGCUUUGGCAAGCCCGGAAGUCGUCAUGAAGGAGAUCGACACGAUGCUCCGAGUUGGUCUAGGACUGCUGGGCCGGACAGAUCUUGUGCUCGCCAAAUUCACUUGCGUCGCUCUUCGACGCAUGAUUCCAACUGCGAAGAAGGCUCAAGAGAAAACUUUUGGGGGUCUGGCAAAAAUGUCCAACAACCAUGAAGUGUUGCGCAUGCUCGCAUCCAUACUUCUCACAACUUCGUCCAGCAAAGACUGGUAUGGCAUGGCAGAACAAGCCAUCAGUGCAAUCUACGUCCUGUCAGACCAUCCAGACGUCUUGUGCUCGGAAGUACUCAGGCAGAAGACUCGACUCGUUUUUCAGCAGACAAAAGACCUGAAAUCCAUGUCGAGGACACCAUCUCCCGAACCCGAUGCGAUGGACAUUGAUGGAGAAGAGGACGUUGCCAACCCAGAAAAUGAGGCACAAGAGCCAGAACCCGCACAUGCGAAGGAGGAGAAGCCCUCGCUCGCACUUUCACAACUGCUGUUUGCUGUUGGCCAUAUCGCUGUCAAGCAAAUCGUGCAUCUCGAGCUGUGCGAACUUGAUUUCAAGCGACGGAAACAACAACAGGAAAAAGACAAGCCGCUCUCAAAUCCCUCUCCGGAGAAACCGUCAGGUCCCACUCCUGCCAGACGGAAAAAGACUGCCGCGGAAGAAGUGCUUGCAGAGAAGCAAAACGAAGACGAGAAAGACGAGUUGGACCUGAUCGGGGGUACGACCGAAGACGAUUUCACUGAAGCCAUUGCCCACAUCCGCGAACGCGAGCUGCUGUACGGCCCCAGUUCACUGCUCGCCAACUUCGGACCACUGGUAACAGAAAUCUGUGCCAACAAUACCGCAUACAAAGACCGCAAUCUCCAGGCUCAAGCCACACUUUGCCUUGCUAAGCUUAUGUGCGUGAGUGGUGAGUACUGCGAAAAGAACCUCCCGCUCCUGAUCACCAUUCUCGAACGGUCCACCGACCCCAUAGUGCGCUCCAACGCCGUUAUCGCACUGGGCGACAUGGCUGUGUGCUUCAACCACCUCAUCGAUGAGAACACCGACUUCCUGUACCGCCGCCUCAACGACGCAGACGAAUCAGUCAAGCGUACUUGUCUUAUGACCCUCACGUUCCUGAUCCUCGCCGGGCAGGUCAAGGUGAAGGGUCAACUUGGCGAAAUGGCCAAAUGUCUCGAAGACGGGGACAAGAAGAUUGCCGAUCUGGCAAGAAUGUUCUUCUCGGAGCUGGCAACAAAAGACAAUGCUGUGUACAAUCAGUUCGUGGACAUGUUUAGCGUUCUCACGCAAGAAGGACCGCUCGAGGGUGGUGUGAUGGAGGAAGAGGCUGUCAAGAGGAUUCUCAAGUUCUUGUGUGGCUUUAUUGAAAAGGAUAAACACGCCAAAAACUUGGCCGAGAAGCUCGCGGCAAGACUUAACCGGUGUGUGAACAAGCGACAGUGGGACGAUACCGCAUAUGCAUUGUCUCUACUGCAGCAUAAGAAUGAGGAGAUUUCCAAGAGGGUGCAGGAAGGGUAUCGUGUUGUUGAGGUUGGGACAGAGGCUUGA